UCCUCCCUUCCUCCUUCAUAUAUUUCUUUUCUUUUUCUACACCCUUCCUUCUCUCUCUCGAUCUGAACUCCACUCGACCGAAGCCCCGAUUCGCUCCGCUUCGCUUUUCCGUCCACGGAGAUCGCCGGAGAAUCGCCGGAGAAUCUCACCACAAAGUCAGGCCAAUGUGAGCUUUCUAAAUCUGGACAAUAAGAGUGUCCUCUGCUGUUCAGUUCAUUGGUCUUUACCUAUUGUGGACAAUGGGCAAAUGCAAGGGCUGUGGAAAAUUAGGAAGAAUGAUGCCAAGGGAUGCGGACUCGAGUGCUUACCUUUUUGCUCUUAUGCUCUCGCCCGUUGUUUCCGUUUGGGAAUGUAUCAUCCGUAAGAUGAGGUAUUCCUACAGACCUGAGUGGGUGUAGUCUCUGUACAUUUGAGCGUUACAUUAGGUUACUAAACAGUAAUUUAGAGUUUACAUACUUCAGCAAAAGGAAGACUUGUUUCAAAGAAUAACAGUUAAUUGGAUAUGUUUUAGAGGAAUCUCCAUUUGAAUAGCAGUUAUAAACACUAAACUUACUAGAGUCUGGUAGUUAUCAUGGAUAACUUGGCACAAAACAAAGGGCAACCUGUUGUGAGGAAAGUAAAAAAGAAGCAGGGGAAGGAUGAGCUGGAUCGACUCAAACAGGCUGAGAAGAAGAAGAGACGCCUGGAAAAAGCCCUCGCUACAUCUGCAGCUAUCCGUGCUGAGCUAGAGAAGAAGAAACUGAAGAAACAAGAGGAACAGCAAAAGCUUGAUGAAGAGGGUGCUGCGAUUGCCGAGGCUGUUGCCUUGCAAGUUCUACUUGGUGAAGACUCGGAUGAUGCAUGUAAGAUCGUCCUAAAUGAAGACAAUGAGGGUUUUAAUCCUUGGGACUCUAAUGGCCAUAUUAACUUCUUUAUGGGUGGAAGGAGCGCUGAUGUGCCUUAUCGCCAUACCCUGAACUAUGCGCUUGACCCAGUUGGGUGGAUCUCACAUUCUCAAGAUUCUAGAGUCGAGUGGGGUGGUGAUUGGGGAUGUUCUGGUGGAACCCAUGGACGUGAUGUACAUGGUCAAUUCAUCAAGAAUGGAGGUUGGACAUCUGCAGAUCUCUCGCCUGGCCUAAUUGCUGCACAGGCUGUUUCGUCUCUGCGGAUAGGAGAAGAUGGGGAUGUGAACACCAUUCUUUUGAAUGGGAUGCUCAGAGGGUAGGCCAUUGUCCGAGAUAUCAUUGCAGUCUGAAAGGGGUGCUUUAACUAUGGUUUUUCAUGAUGGCAUCCUUGUGUAUAUAUCUGUCAAAGUUGCUGCAUUUGCUACUUAUCAGAUAUGGAACUCAUUAAAGUAGUAUUGCGGGGGUUCUUGAGCUAUUUUUAAGCCUUUACUGGAAUUAUGAUGUUUGACAAUCAGACACAUGUAGACUCCUGUGGUGUAAUUUCUUCUAUGGAGAAAAUUAUCAGCUGUUCA